AUGGCUGAGGCAGGCAUUCGAAUCCGUAUUGGUAUGAAACUGACAGCCGAGGGUCAGGGUCAUUAUGGUGGGAAGCUGUUGGAUUCGUCCUACCAGAACAAUGACUACAAUCAUAAUGCUUUAAUUGUUAUCAUCACGUCGCUUUCUUUGUUCCUCGUACUUUCAUCCUUUGCGAUCCGAUCGUACGCUUGCCUGCAUAGAGGGGUCACCCUGACUGAUGACUACAUCCUGAUUCUUGUGGUGAUCGUUGCGUGCGCCCAGGUCUUGGUCACACUGAUUCAGGUACACUAUGGGUGGGGAAAAUCGCAGGAUAUGAUCUCUAGCGACGAGUAUGCGCAGAUGACUAAAAUUGGACUUGCGGUCGACCUCCUUUACAUUCUCGUUCUAGGUCUGUCGAAGAUUUGCACGAUGAUGUUCUACCGGAACCUGUCCCUGCGUGGUACCAAGCUGCUGAACACCAUACUCGGGGGCUGUGCAGCCUGGAUUAUACUUGGAAUGGCAUUACUAGGAGUUCGAUGCAGCAGUCGUCCCUGGGAAGACAUCAACAAUCGCUGUGCUGGUCUUCUCCCACGUUGGCAAGCUAUCAGCGCCCUCGAUAUAACCAUCGAAGCUGUGAUCCUAGCCUACCCUGUGAAAAUCUUAUAUCCCGUGCAACUGGCCUUCGCAAAGAAAAUAAAAGUCAUCGGCAUUCUCAGCUGUCGUGUCAUCCUUAUCCCUCUUUCUGCCGUCCACCUGUACUAUGUCCAUACGCAAAUUAAGUCGUCGAAUCCGUCCCUUGAUGGGGCCUAUGCUACCACAGUCGGCGAACUCCAUCUAGGUCUCAGUGUUGUCCUUCUCACAAUUUCGUCCCUUAAGAUGUUCGUGGCAGUUUAUGAAGACGAACAAGGUCUCGCAUAUACCGAAGAUGCUUCGAAAUCCCAUAGUCAGUCUGGUCGCACAUCGAGGUCAAGAACUUGGAGAGCAUCGCGGCCCGUCACAGAUCCCACUCUGAUAACUGCUGGCUGGGACGAGGAACCGAUUCUGCCAUCGUCGUCAACGGGGCAAGAAAAUACAAACGAUAGGGGCGCUAUUAUGAAGAGUGUGCAGAUAGAUGUGACUCGAGAAAGCAUUGAAUUGGGGGAACGACAUCCUGGCGCAGUAGCGUCCGGUGCUUUGUAA